AUACACGUGCAUCUUGUUAGUUGCGGAGCUGGGCUGACGCGGAUAGUUGACUGAUUUUGUGUUUACCCGGUUAUCCCAAAGCUUUCUGUCACAAUAUCAACCCUUGUCGCAAUUAGGGGUUUUUGGUCUUUCAUUUCAAGGGGAAAACCUGUGAAAAAGCUUCUAUUUCACUUCAAUUGCAACCCCUUUUGGUGUUUUCAUACGUUUCUGGAUUGAGCUGGUUUGUUUCUAGGUCGAAGAUUAAUCGUCAGUCUUCGCCUAAAAUGCUUCCACCACGUCAACAGUCGCGUUCUGGAGGAGGAUUACCAACUUCAUUUUCUUUACCUUUGUUAGAUGCUUCGGGGUCUUUCAAUCUUCAAGAGCGUGUGUCUAAUACUGAUCAGGUACGUGAGUCCCCAACAGAGAGCGCCAGCUCACGUGAAACUUGGCCGAAUGCAAAUGCUGAUGCUUUACUGGCGCAUAAAUUGGAGAAGGAAAGGGAGAAUGGGUUUACUGAGCAUUCGGUUACCCUCAAUGUUUCUAACUUGGAUAGGAUGUCUCUUCGUGACAUAGUCAGAGAAAGAGUUGAUAGUGUUGCUGAAAAAAUGCAACGUCUUCCUGAUGAGUUUCUAGAGAAGUUGAAGAAUGAGGUUCGGAGUCUGCUUGACGGAACAGGUGGUUCACAGCACAGGGAAGAGUUUUUGUUUUUGCAAAAGUUAAUUCUGAGUCGGAGUGAUUUGACAGAGAAGACACUGAGAAUGGCACAUAGGGUCCAUCUAGAAAUUCUAGUAGCCAUCAGAACUGCAAUUCAGGCAUUUCUUCAUCCAAGUGUUAGUCUUUCUCAAGCUUCUUUGAUUGAAGUUUUUUUGUACAAAAGGUGCCGUAAUAUAUCAUGUGGAAGCCUACUUCCAGCUGAGGACUGUACCUGCGAUGCUUGUUCGAAGAGGAAUGGUUUCUGCAACCUUUGCAUGUGUUUGAUAUGCAAUAAGUUUGAUUUUGAGGUGAAUACAUGUCGUUGGAUUGGUUGUGAUUUGUGUAAUCAUUGGACCCACACAGACUGUGCUAUCCGCAAUGGACAUAUUGGCAUGGGGCCUUCUGUGAAGAGUGGGGCAGGUUUGCCCGAGAUGAUUUUUAGGUGUCGGGCAUGCAAUAGAACAUCUGAGCUAUUUGGGUGGGUGAAAGAUGUAUUUAUGAGCUGUGCACAAAGCUGGGAUCGGGAAGCACUGAUUAGAGAACUGGACUUUGUCGGAAGAAUUUUCCGUGGGAGUGAGGAUUCAAAGGGUAGAAAAUUGUUCUGGAAGUGUGAAGAACUUAUUGAUAAACUGAAAGGAGGGCUAACAGAACCUGUGGUUACUAGAGCUGUUAUGAUGUUUUUUCAAGAAUUUGAGGUGGACCCUUUAAAGAGUUCAGAAAGUGAGGAAAGUGGGAACCUUAUUGCUCCACAGGAGGCCUUCAACCGGAUUGCUGAUGUUGUUCAGGAAGCUGUUAAAAAAAUGGAGAUGGUGGAAGAGGAGAAGUUGCGGAUGGUGAAGAAAGCUCGGCUAGCUGUUGAGGCUUGUGAUCAAGAACUUAAGGAUAAAGCUAGGGAGGUGGUGUCACUGAAAAUGGAUCAUCAGAGAAAGAAGCAGCAGAUUGAUGAUCUUGAAAGUAUUGUAAGACUCAAACAGGCUGAGGCUGAUAUGUUUGAUCUAAAGGCCAGUGAGGCUAGACAAGAAUCAGAAAGGAUACAGAGGAUUGUACUAGCUAAAUCAGAAAAAUCAGAGGAGGAUUAUGCAACCAGGUAUCUCAAACAACGUUUGAACGAGGCGGAAGCUGAGAAGCAGUAUCUAUUUGAGAAGAUUAAGCUUCAAGAGAGUUCAAAGGCAGCUCAGACCCAAAGCAGUGCUGGUGGGAGUGAUACUUCACAGAUGCUUAUGUAUUCCAAGAUCCAGGAUCUGCUUAAGAAUGUGUACAAUGUACCUUCAAAAGAAGGCCAAUCCAGUAGUCACCACUCUCUCGGUGCUCUCCAAUGAGUAAGUUCAGGAGUGGGCCUUUGACUUGCUGUGGAAUAUGUAUAUUAUAGCGUCCAUAGACUUCUAUGUAGCUUUGGAUAUUUAUACAGUAGCAUAUUGCUUUAAACAUGUUUGUAUGCCUGUAUGCAGUGAACUUCCUCCGCAGAGGGAGGGGGGUGUUCAUGAUUUUUUUUUUUUUUGCUUGUUUAAAAUAUGAAGUUAACGUUCUUGUUCUAUGAAUAUCACCGCUUGCUUCCUUA